AUGAUAUUGGAAAAAGCUCUCUGUGAUUUGGGUGUCAGCAUCAACUUGAUGCCUCUUUCAAUGAUGAAAAAGCUUGCAAUAGAGGAAGUUAAACCCACCAGAAUGUCACUUCAAAUGGCGGAUAGAUCACUCAAGAUACCCAAUGGGGUUGUGGAGAACUUAUUGGUGAAGGUUGGGGAAUUCAGUUUCCCUGCUGAUUUUAUCAUUUUGGACAUGGAAGAAGAGGGACACAACUCAAUUAUCUUGGGGCGACCUUUCUUAGCCACAGCAAAGGCCAUCAUUGAUGUGGAGAAAGGUGAGAAGAUCCUCAAGGUGUAUGAUGUGAAAAUGAUCAUCAACGUCUUUAAGGCAAUAUAA